AUGAAGCAUCUCAACAGCUCCAACUCCACCUUCCCCUUGAAUACUAACCAACUGGCCCCCAGUGUGAUCAUGGGGCUUUGCUGUUUGGUGGGCGUCCCUGGCAACAUUGUGGUCAUCGUGGUGAUAGUGCGCAGGUACAGGAGUGAAAAUUUCACCCUGAAGCUGAUGCUGAACCUGGCAGUUUGCGACCUGUUGUCCCUCAUCACACUGCCACUGUGGAUCUACAACUGGCUGUAUGGCUGGGUGCUUCAACGUUUGGGCUGCAAAUUAACAGCUUAUUUUCUCUACUGUAAUUUAUACUCAAACCUGCUGACGGUCACCCUGAUGAGUGUGCAGCGCUACCUGGCUGUGCUGUACCCUCAGCCCUGUGCUAGGCUGCGUGGGAUGGGUGAGAGGGUUCUGCUGGUCACCAUAUGGGGGCUGUCAGGUGUACUUGCCUCUCCCAUGAUUGUGGUUAUGGAUGUGGUUCUGGACAAGGAUAAAGGACAUUACAGUUGUUUUAAAAUGUACAGGUCCGACGGGGUGAAAGUGGCCGUUCUGUUCAUGGAGACUCUACUGGGGUAUGUUGUGCCUUUCUCCAUCCUGGUCACCUCUUACUUCUGCCUCCACAAGAAAGUGAACCAGACCGCCUUCUUCAGCAGCCAGAGGAUGACCAGGCUGGUGACCAGCAUCGUGGUCACCUUCUUCAUCUUCUGGAGUCCCGUUCACGUCAUGAACAUUUUGAACAUAUCAUUGGUUUUACUCAGAUCCAAAAGUCUGCUAAAAUUCUCUUGGACUGCUUGGAACAUUACUGGGGCUCUGACCUUCAUUAACAGCUGUGUGGACCCCUUCCUCUAUGCCUUCAGCUCACGAAACCUCCGGCAAGAUGCCCAGCCAUCAGGACAGAUGUCUCCUCCAGGAGUAUCUAAAGUAGCUGAGCUAAAACAGCCAUCUUCCUCACAUCUCCAAGGCAGAGUAACUCCAUUCUUACAGCUAAAGUAA